UCAGUUUAUUUAAUUCUCCGAGCUCCGACUCCAUUAUCUUUACCAAGCGUCAUCGUCAAGAUAGAAUUUUUUUUUUUUUUUACAUGUAUUAUCAUUAUUCAGCCUGUUCUCUGGCUUGUACCAAUAAUCAUCAAAACUCAGCAACCAUUUUUUAAUAUUCUUUGAAAUAUCAAAUUUAAUAAUUGUAUUUCAAUUGUAAAUAUAAUUAUCAAGACAAAAGGCUAUUAUGGAAAACAAAGGUUAGAACGGUAUAUAAAACAACAACGCCGGUAUUUUGUGUGUCUGCAAAUUAAUUUUGUCACUUGGAUAUUUGGACGUCAUCAACAGCCUACCAGGAUCAAGGUUAAAAGUUUAUUUGCUCUAGUGCAGUACGUUAUGUAAAUACAAAAGAAAAAAAAGUAACAAAAGGUGAUAAGUCUACCUUUUCUCUGUGUUGUGCUCAAAAAAAAAAAUAAUAAUUGUUUUAUUUAUUUGUUUAUUUAUUCGAUUAUUAAAGAUACAUAAACAUUAAAUAAAGUAUCAAAAGAAAAAAAAAGUUUAAAUGAAAAGUUUACAUCACAAAAGUUAUCCUGGGGUACAACAGGACAUUAAAAAGUUUGUCAUCUUGUAUUCCCUCUAUGUGAAAAAAAAUAAUAUUGAAAAAAAUUAUUUAAAGUAUCAAAUAGUUAAAAGUAUUCCACCUUGAGUAUCAAGUUUCAAAGUUAAAUGUUUAUUAAAUAAAUAAAAUAUCAAUCAUGAAAAAUAAAAAGAAAAAAAAAAAUAUAUUAUUAUGAUUAGUACAAAAAAAAGUAUGGUUAUCAUUAGUAUAUGAAAAAAAUAUAAAAUAUGUAGUAAAAGUAAUUCAAGUUGAUUGGUAAUGUGUCCGUUCGUUUCUAUAGAAAUUUUAAAAAAUAAAUAAAUAAAUAUCCCAAGUGUGUGGAUAUCGCGCGUCGCGUCCUCAAGAUGUACUGCACGAGCACAUCACAGGUGGUGAUUAAUCUUACAGUGAAGACUCUGUAAAUAUUUAUUGUUAAAUUAAAAUAAUAUCAAAUAAUGUCAGACUCUGGAUCUGAUAGUUCUUCAGAUGAUGGUUAUAAUAAUCGUCGUCGAAGAACAAUUAAACAAGAUGAACAAUCACCAUUAUAUCAUGAAUCUCGUACAACAACAAAAAAAACAUCAGCAUCAACAAGAAAAUCAUCAGAAUCAAGUUCAGAUACAUCAACACCACGUGUUAAAUCACCAUGUUCAAUAGCAUCAAAUAAUGAAAGACAACAGCCAAGAUCACCACCAUUAUCACCAAGUCCAACAAGAUCACAAGAAAUAAUUUCUUCACCACCACGUAUACCAAGAACACCAGUAUCACCAAUGUCACCAGUAUCACCACGUUCAAUAGCAUCACCAAGAUCAAUUGAUUCUUGUCAUUCAUCUAAAAAAUCACAAAGUGGCUCACCAAAAUCAUAUAGAUCUGGUAAUUCAGUUGAUUCACCACGUUCAAAUAGAAGUUCAUCACCAAGUUCACCAAAUCGUGAUACACAAAAUUUUAAAUCAGGACCAAGUUCACCAAAAUUACCAUGUGAUACAAUAGCAUCACCAAAGUCAUUUUCAUCUGGUAGAAGAUCACCACAAACACCAAAAUCUGAUAAAAAUUUUGAAUCACAUAGUUCACCAAAAUCACCAUUAUCAGGACGUAGUUCAGUUAAAUCAAAUUUAUCUGAUCGUAGUUCACACAAAUCAUUUAAAACAAACAAAAAAAUAACAAAUGAUAAUAAUGAUUCUGAUGAUGAUGAUGAUAAUAAUAAACAAAAAAAGUUAUCAGAUUUAGAUGGUGAACAAAUAUCAGACGGUGAACAAAUAUCUGAUGGUGAUAUUGAUGAUGAACCAUCAUCAACAAAAAAUACAACAACAAAAUCAUCAGCACCAAUGACACAUGGUGAAGAUUUAUCAGAUGUUUCAGAUCUUGAUAGUUUAGAUGAUGUUGAUAAUUCUGUAACAAAUGAAAGUCCACGUGAUUCAGUUGAACGUGAUAAACCAUCAUCACAAAUACCCAUUGAUGAAGAUAAAAAAAUUGAAAAUAAUGAUGAUAAUAAAGCUGUACCAAUGAGUAUAAAUGAAGAUAAUGAACAAUUAGAUUUUGAAGCUGAAGAACAAUGGAAAGAUGAACGUGAGGAUAUUGAUACAGAUGUUACACAACCACCAAUAUCAAUUGAAACAAAUGAUACAAAUAAUAAAGAAAUACUUAUUAAAGAAAAUCAUGAUGAUGAUGAUGAUGAUGGAGAGGAUGAUGAUAAAGAUGAUGGUGAUAAAGAUGCAUCAUCUAAAAAUAAUAAAGAAAAUGAUAAUAAUAAAUUAGAAACAAAAGAAGUUGAUAUUGAAUUAAAUGAUAAAAAUAAUGAUAAAGAUAAAAAUAAAAAUGACAAUAAUAAAGAUGGUAAAGAUGAUAAGAAAAACGAUAAUGAUGAUGAUGAUGAUGGUGAAGUUAAUGACAAUGAAGAGGGUGAAAAAGUUGAAUCAGAACUUGAAGAAGGAGAAUUAAGUGAUGGUGAUGAUGCAAGACCAGAAGAAACAGAACCAAGACCAGUAUGUCGUUUUUAUAGUCGUGGACAAUGUACAUGGGGUAUUAGUUGUAGAUUUUUACAUCCAGGUGUUACUGAUAAAGGUAAUUAUACAAUGUUUGAUAUGGUUAGACCAAUGGCAUAUCCACCACAUGCAGCACCAACACCACAUGAAUUUCGUGCACAUGUUGAAAGACCAAGUUUAAUUCGUCCAUUAACUGGUUAUCCACCACAUCCACAUCCUUCAGUUAAAAGUGAAGAUUUACCAUCAGAAUCAGCAUGGGAACGUGGUUUAAGACAUGCUAAAGAAAUGAUGAGAAAAGCUAAUAAACGUAAAGAAAAUGAUAUGGAUUUUGAAGAAAAAAAAAUGAAUUUAAGUCUUGGACAAGAUGAAUUAGAACGUGAGGCUGGAUAUUAUGUCAAGCCAGCAAGUCCAGAAAUGCCAAAUGAUCGUUGGCCACCAGUACCAAAAGAAAUGUCACGUAGAUAUCCACCACCUUUACGUGAAACACCAGAUCGUUAUGAUGAUCCUGAUGCUUAUUAUUCAUCAUCAGGUCCAUUACCACCACCAUUACCACCACCAUCAUCAUCUGAAUAUUAUAGACGUGUACAAUAUAAAAAUGAUUCACGUUCAGGUCCACAAGAUUAUCGUGAACAUCCUGAUUAUCAUGGUAUUCCACCAUCACGUGGUGGUGUUGGACAUUCAGUAUCACCACCACCACCUUAUGCACUUGAAAGAGAACAACGUGAACGUGAUCGUGAACAACGUUUUUAUGAAAAAUAUGAAAAAAAACAAAAACGACCAACAAGAGAAGUUAUUGUUGAAAGAAUACCACAACCAAAAGUAUGGAGAGAAGAUGAACCACAACCACCAAUGGAAAGAGGAAGAGGUGAUGAAUGGGCUGAUCCAUGGAUGAGAAGAAAAUCACCAACUUCUGUUAGACGAGCAGCAGCAGCAGCGGCAGCAACAACAACAACAACAUCAUCAAGAAGAUCAAGAAGACAAUCUUAUUCAUCUGGUUCGUCAUAUUCAAGCACAAGCUCCAGCAGGAGUUCAAGUCACUCUAGCUACAGUUCUUAUGACUCCAUAUCCAGGUCCCGUUCCCCAUCUCCCUCAACUCGUAAUCGUGGUCAUGCUAAAAGCAGCAAACAUCCUCCUCCAUCACCACCUCCAGUCAAUUCAUCAUCAUCAUCACAAGCUCGUAAUGCAAUGUUGAUGAAUCCACCAGCACCAACACAACGUGGUGGUGGUAGUAGUAGUUCAAAAGUAACAUCACCAACAACAGCUGCACUUCAUAGACGUGCUGGUCUAAAUCCACCAGCACCAAGUCCACUUGUAUCACAGCGUCAUCAUGAAAAAGGAAGAGAUAAAACUGCUCAAAUUUCAAAAAAUGUUAAAAGAAGUUCACGAUCAAGUAGUUCAGGAUCUGAAAGUAGUGGUAGUAGCAGUGAUUCAAGUGAAUCAAGUUACUCAUCAAGUUCAUCAGUUGAUGUACGACGUAAAAAAAUUCCAUCACCACCAUCGCCUACAAUUAAUCGUAAAGAAUUAACAAAACAUAUUGAUCCAAAAAAUUUAAAUACUGCAAAACAACAUCAAAAAAUUCCUCAAAAAUCAACAAAUCCAGCAACUGUUAAAAAAUCAGAACGUUCAGGAACAAUUGCUGGUAAAAAACGUCCAUUUGAACCAUCACCAACAUCUGAAAGUAAAGCUAGUAUUGCUGCACUUGCUGCUAAAGCUGCUAAAAAAGCAAGCUCAAGAAGAGAAGAAUUAUUAAAACAGCUUAAAGCUGUUGAAGAUGCCAUUGCUCGUAAACGAUCAAAACCAGAAACAGUGGGAAAAAAUUGAAUUUCAUGAAUUAAUUUAAUAAUAAUAAAAAAAAAAACAACAAAUAAUUGAUUAAGAUUAACUAAUAAAUAUUAUUGACAAAUA